AUGCACUUGGUGUGGGAGUUGGCCGAGACAUCGCGGAGGAAGAGACCCUCGACAGAGAGCGCAACAUCACCCGCGAUUGAAGGCACCAAGUGCUCUGUCAUCGCUCUCACCACUAUCGCUGCUAGUGGCGGAAUUGCCGACACCAAGCUUAGUCUGUUGGAAGUUGCUGGAAAGAUGAAGAAGUCUGUCGAUGAACUUGGUGGUCUUAUUGCCGGUCCACAAGCUGUCGCUGAUGGGCAGGAUAGGAAAAAUGGAGGUGGCCGAGAAAAAUUCUAG